GCUCGCGGCCUCAGAGCAUGAACGGCGUUGAGGAAGGUGUGGAGUUCCUGCCAGUCAACAACACCAAGACGGUUGAGAAGCGGGGCCCAAAGCGUUGGGUGGUGCUGGUGGCCGUGCUGGUCGGCUUAUUCUUGCUUUCUCUCGUGGCUUGUUUCCUGGUGUGGCACUUCCAGUACCGGAACGUGCGGGUUCAGAAAGUCUUCAAUGGCUACCUGAGGAUCACAAAUGAGAACUUUCUGGAUGCCUAUGAGAACUCCAAUUCCACUGAGUUUACAAACCUGGCCAAUAAGGUGAAGGAAGCGCUGAAGCUGUUAUACAGUGGGGUGCCAUCCCUGGGCCCCUACCACAAGGAGUCGGCCGUGACUGCCUUCAGUGAGGGCAGCGUCAUCGCCUACUACUGGUCCGAGUUCAGCAUCCCCAAGUACCUGGUGGAGGAGGCCGAGCGUGCCAUGGCCGAGGAGCGUGUGGUCACACUGCCGCCCCGUGCCCGCGCCCUCAGCUCCUUCGUGCUGACCUCCGUGGUGGCCUUCCCCACUGACUCCAGAACAGUACAGACCGCCCAGGACAACAGCUGCAGCUUUGCCCUGCACGCCCGGAGCGGGGAGCUGACCCGCUUCACUACGCCCGGCUUCCCCGACAGCCCGUACCCGGCUCGGGCCCGCUGCCAGUGGACCCUGCGGGGGGAUGCCGAGUCCGUGCUGAGCCUCACCUUCCGCAGCUUUGAUGUCGCGUCCUGUGACGACCGUGGCAGUGACCUGGUCAUGGUGUAUGACACUCUGAGCCCCGUGGAGCCGCGUGCCGUGGUGCAGCUGUGUGGCACCUACCCUCCCUCCUACAACCUGACCUUCCUCUCCUCCCAGAAUGUCCUGCUCGUCACGCUGAUCACCAACACCGAGCGGCGACACCCUGGCUUUGAGGCCACGUUCUUCCAGCUGCCUAAGCUGAGCCGCUGUGGAGGCUACUUACGUGGCACCCGUGGGACGUUUAGCAGCCCCUACUAUCCUGGCCACUACCCGCCCAACGUGAACUGCACGUGGGACAUUGAGGUGCCCAACAACCAAAAUGUGAAAGUGCUCUUCAAGCUCUUCUACUUGGUGGAGCCCAACAUUCCCCCGGGCUCCUGCCCCAAGGACUACGUGGAGGUCAACGGGGAGAAGUACUGUGGAGAGAGGCCCCAGUUUGUAGUUACCAGCAGGAGCAGCAGGAUCACUGUGCGCUUCCACUCCGAUCAGUCUCACACCGACACGGGUUUCCUGGCCGAGUACCUCUCCUAUGAUUCCAGUGACCCGUGCCCGGGUAAGUUCAUGUGUAGCACGGGGAGGUGUAUCCAGAAGGAGCUGCGCUGUGACGGUUGGGCUGACUGCACGGACUACAGUGACGAGCUCAACUGCCAAUGCAACGCCACCUACCAGUUCACAUGCAAGAACAAGUUCUGCAAGCCCCUCUUCUGGGUGUGUGACAGCAUCAACGACUGUGGGGACAACAGCGACGAGCUGGAGUGCAGCUGUCCGGCUCAGACCUUCAGGUGUGGCAAUGGGAAGUGCAUCCCACAGAACCAGCAGUGUGACGGGACGGACAACUGUGGCGACGGCUCCGACGAGGCCACGUGUGCCCUCGUGAGAACUGUUGCCUGCUCCAAACACACCUAUCGCUGCCAGAACGGGCUCUGUUUGAGCAAGAGCAACCCCGAGUGUGAUGGGAAGAAGGACUGUAGCGAUGGCUCAGAUGAGAAGAAUUGUGACUGUGGGCUGCGGUCGUUCUCCAGGCAGUCCCGGGUCGUCGGGGGCACGAAUGCCGAUGAAGGUGAGUGGCCCUGGCAGGUCAGCCUCCAUGUCCUGGGCCAGGGCCACGUGUGCGGGGCUUCGAUCAUCUCUCGCAACUGGAUGGUGUCAGCAGCUCACUGCUUCAUCGACGACAGAGAAUUCAGGUACUCUGACCACAAGCUGUGGACCGCCUUCCUGGGCCUGCACGACCAGAGCAAGCGCAGUGCCACCGGGGUGCAGGAGCUCGGCCUCAAGCGCAUCAUCACCCACCCGUUCUUCAACGACUUCACCUUCGACUAUGACAUUGCCCUGUUGGAGCUGGACAAGCCGGCCGACUACAGCAGCUCCGUGAGGCCCAUCUGCCUGCCCGAAUCGUCGCACAGCUUCCCCGCCGGCAAGGCCAUCUGGGUCACGGGCUGGGGCCACACCCAGGAAGGAGGCUCGGGCGCGCUGGUCCUGCAAAAGGGCGAGAUCCGCGUCAUCAACCAGACGACCUGUGAGAGCCUGCUCCCGCAGCAGAUCACCCCGCGCAUGAUGUGCGUGGGCUACCUCAGCGGCGGCGUGGACGCCUGCCAGGGCGACUCCGGGGGCCCCCUGUCCAGCGUGGAGGCCGACGGGCGGAUUUUCCAGGCCGGCGUGGUGAGCUGGGGUGACGGCUGCGCUCAGAGGGACAAGCCCGGUGUGUACACGAGAAUCUCUGAAUUUCGGGACUGGAUUAAAGAGCAGACUGGGGUGUAGAUGCAGGGGCCAUCGUUGGGCCACCCCAACGUGCACACCUGCGGGCCAAGGACAGGAUCGCUAACAGCACCCCUGACUUGAGCUCCCCAGAAACCCCAGACUGUGAACUGAAUCCCCAGGACUCUGGAGAGGGUGACUCGGCCUGGAAAACUUCUCUCUUCCCUCACCUCCGAAGCAGAGGAUGGGAGGUGGGGAGGGAGGACACUGGCAGUGCCAAGGGGCACAGGCUUGAAGACGCAGCCUCUCCCCUCCAGUCCCAAACUGGGCUGAGGCUCGUCCGGACAAUCUUUGGGCUCUGCCUCUCUGAUACAGGAGCGGCUGUAAUGUUGCUUUAGGACCCCUACGAUGGGGCUGGUGGGGGCACUGUAGGCUCCUAGGGUCACACUGUUCAGGAGACCCAGGCCAGAGGACCUUGGAAAAGACAUGGGUCUAAAAUUUGAAUUUUUACCAGCUCCUAGGGCGGGCUUCAGUGUAUGUAUUUGUGUGUAUGAGUAAACUGUUUUUAGGUACAUUUUUUUUUC